AUGACAAACGUUGCACAAGCUGUUGAAGCGGUUGAACAAGUGGCUGAAAAAGUGGUUAAACAAGCAUUUGAACAAGCGGUUAAACAAGUGGUUGAACAAGGGAUUGAACAAGCGAUUGGACAAGUGGUGGAACAAGCAGUUGAACAAACGGUUGAACAAGCCAUUGAAGGAGUGGUUGAACAAGCAGUUCAUGCAGUUGAACAAGAGGUUCAGCAAGUGGUUGAACAAUCAGUUGAACAAGCAGUUGAACAAGCUGUUGAACAAGUGUCUGAAGAAACAGUUGAACAAGACAUUGAACAUGUGGUUGAACAAGAGGUUGAACAAGCGAUUGAACAAGCAGUUGAACAACCAGUUGAAAAAGCAGUUGAAGAAGCUCUUGAAGCGGUUGAACAAGCAGAUGAUCAAGCGGUUGAACAAGUGGUGGAACAAGCCAUUAAACAAGCAGUUAAAUGAAUGGUUGAACGAUGUCUUGAAGAAGAGGUUGAAAAAUUGCUUGAGCAAUCGGUUGAAAAAGCAAUUGAACAAGCAAUUGAACAAGCGGUUG